GAAUGAACGAACGAAACGAACAAUGAUUCGAUUUGAACGUAGCGUGUGAAAAUUGACGAAAACAACAACGAAACCUUGAAAGACGAAAAUAUUUCGUUCAAACACAGGCUCUUGCUUCUUCGCUGUUUCCAUCAUCUCUCCAAGCCAAGAAUAUACACAGCGCACUACGCAUACUUCAAUUACCCAUUCCUUCCAUCUUCGAUUCUUCCUUUCCGCUCUCAGAUCCACACAAAAUUCAACCCUAGUGUUUGGAAAAAGCAAGUGCUGAUGCAAUUUGUGUAGUUGAUUUGUUGGGGGAGUGGUGAUAUACUGACACCUUAGACAAUUGGGAAGCUGUAGUGAUGGAUCUUGACAGAGGGAGUUCAUCAUCAACCAUAAGCGCAACUGCACGGGCAAAUCCAGGUCGCCCUGUACGACAUGGUGCACUCUAUCAGUUUAGACAGCAGAACCUUCCAGCAUGUAAACCUGUGCUUACACCUGCAGCAGUCAUUUCUACAUUUCUAUUGAUGGGUUUAAUUUUUAUUCCUGUUGGAAUUGUUACACUUCGUGCGUCGUAUAGUGUUGUUGAAAUUGUGGACAGAUAUGACAAUGAUUGUGUACCCGAAGAAUAUAGAGGUAACAAAGUAGCAUAUGUAAAAGAUGACUCAAUCCCCAAAAAUUGUUCGCGAUUCUUGAAGGUACCUAAGUCAAUGAGAGCGCCAAUUUAUGUCUAUUAUCAACUUGAUAACUAUUACCAGAACCAUCGACGGUAUGUCAAAAGUAGAAGUGAUCAGCAGCUCUUACAUGGACUUGGAUACAAUGAUACCAGUCCGUGUAGACCUUUAGAGUCUUCUAAUGAUCUUCCUAUUGUACCUUGUGGGUUGAUAGCAUGGAGUUUAUUCAACGAUACUUAUAAGUUCAGUCGUGGACCAUCGGAAUUGAAGGUUAAUAGGAAAGACAUCGCAUGGAAGAGUGAUCGUAAUCACAAAUUUGGAAAGCAUGUUUACACGUUAAAUUUUCAGAAUGGUACCUUGACUGGAGGUGCAAAGCUGGAUCCUAGUAUUCCACUAAGUGAUCAAGAAGAUCUCAUAGUUUGGAUGCGGACUGCUGCUCUCCCCUCAUUCCGAAAGUUGUACGGUAAAAUAGAAGAGGAUUUGGAGGAAGAUGAUGUUAUAACAGUCAACCUAAAGAAUCACUAUAACACUUACAGUUUUGGAGGAAAAAAGAAGCUUGUUCUUUCAACAUCAAGCUGGCUGGGUGGAAAAAACGACUUCCUUGGAUUCGCCAAUUUAUUUGUUGGGUCCUUUAGCAUAUUGAUCUCCAUCGUCUUCCUGUUGCUUCAUGUGAAAAGUCCUAGACCUUAUGGCGACACGGCCUACCCGUCUUGGAAUAAGAAAAGCAUUACUAAAAGCAGUUCUAGCUGAUAAGGUACGUGGUACAAAUGUAAUUCUUUCCAAGUGAAAACUCUAGAUACAUAUUCUUGUAACAAAAGCUAUUGUAUUUGAUUGUCUGUACAUGGUGCAGCAUAGUGUUUUCAUAGUGAAACUCCAAUACAAGUUCUUGUUAGAAAAACUAUUGCAUUUAAUUGUAAAUGGCAAAGCUGAGUAGAACAUCUUUUAGUUAGUUGUUUCAUUAAACAA